UAGUAAUAGUACUAUAGGCUUGUUUUGUGAAGAGAGAUAGAGCUUAUCCUUAACCUAAUCUUUGACCCAGCGGUGUUUGGAGGUUGCAGCAGCAAUGCCGACGCUGAACUUGUUCACCAACAUCCCCGUCGACACCGUCGUUGCUUCCGACAUUCUCAGAGACGCCACCAAAGCUGUUGCUAAGAUAAUCGGAAAACCCGAAUCCUAUGUGAUGAUACUGUUGAAUGGGAGUGUCCCUAUUGCGUUUGCUGGCUCUGAGGAGCCAGCUGCUUAUGGUGAACUCAUCUCCAUUGGUGGCCUUGAUCCUUCUGUUAAUGGCAAACUAAGUUCCACCAUUGCUGACAUCCUGAAAACUAAGCUUUUCAUUGAUAGUUCCCGAUUCUAUAUCAAGUUCUAUGAUGUUCAGCGCUCAUUCUUUGGGUUCAAUGGCUCAACCUUCUAGAUCAGACUAGUUGUGGGCUUGGACAGGGACAAAAUCCGGCUAAUGAUCAUUCUAUCGACCGUGAAAAAUCUGUUGUAUGCAUGAUUGUAGUUAACCAAUAAACUUGAUAUAUAAAUUGUGUAGGAUUGUUAAACAAUACAGUUGUCCUUUUUAUGCCA